AUGAUUCAAUUUGCACGUGCAACAUCUUUCAUUCCUGUUGUAGACGAAGCAUCACCAAUUCCAUUCCAUAAAUUUUACUUCACUGAUUUUGAUCAGCUACAACAAAGAGUUCAUACUACUGAACUUUUAACAGAUGUUAUUGGAGUUAUAACAAGUAUCCAAGCACUGGAACAUAUAAAUAUAAACAGCAGACCAACAACACGCCAAACAAUUAUGAUACAAAAUAUAAGAAAUGAACAGCUUCAGGUUACCUUAUGGGGACAAAAGACAGACAAAUUUGAAGAAAAUGUUAUCAAAUCACUUCAAGCUCCCCUUGUAGCAGUUUUUGCCGCAAUGUUGGUCAAACAAUAUCUAGUCCACACGAUUCACAAUACGAGCUACAAUAACAGGAAUCUCGACAAAUCAAGGCUGGUAUUACAAUUCUUGCCCCACCUGCUACCGACAAUUAAAACAAUCAAGAAUUGGUUGGUGGUGUGAUAGUCAUGGUCAUAUCAAGACAAUGCCAUCUCCAUGGUAAAUUACC